UUCGGAUCAAAAAAAGUUUUUUAGGCAAAAUUUGCACUUAAGGAACAGUGCAUGCUUCUCACUCAGACAAAAACCACUCCAAGGAUUUAAGGUGUAUGGUUUUCAGAAAAGAAUAUUAAACAGUCAAGGCGGCCAAGCAGCCAGGUAUAAGACACUUACUAAAGGACAGGAAGCUUCGGGGCAUCAAUCAGAAAAAAACAAUAUAGAAGGACUAGUUUCACUGGGCUAUGCUGACCGCAGUCGGCGCAACUUUGUCGAUGAUGCCAAACAAACAGUCAAGUCAACGACAGAAAAGUUAUCUUGGAUAAAGAAGAACUUCCAUUAUCUUCUAUUGAUGGUCGGUUCCAUCUUCUUUCUUUUCUUCAGCUGUGCUAUGUAUCGAAGACUGACGAGGGAUAGAGACGACGAAGACAGUGAUGAUGUUAGAGUAGUUGUAAUUGGAGGUCCUAGAGACAAGUCAUCGGCCACAGGAACCUCUUCUAGCUCUCCUCCGAUCAAUAUUAAAGGGACCAAGGAGACAUCAAACUCUAACAAAACGAAGAAUUCAUUCAAGCCAACUACCAAGAUGACAAAGAAGAAUACAAAUACUGAAACCACUAGAAUGAAGGGAGAAAGGAAGAAACAAGAGCCAAAGGAAUUAAAGGAAAGUGAUUCUAAUGCCAGGAGCGACGAUGAUGAUUACGAUUCAAGUGAUAGCGAAUACAAUCUUUUGGUACGUGAAUACAGGGACGUCGUCUUCAGUGAUUUCAUGAACGCGUGCGCAGUAGUGGAAGGUGAACAUUGGAUGAAGCGCAGAAAGGAAAGCCUCUUUAAUGCUCUUAUGAACCACAGAAAGAAACCUUUUUCGCAAAUAAGAAUAGAUGCUUGUGUCAUCAAUGAAGGGAUUCCACUGUCCUCAUACACGUCAUUUCAGCAAUCCCACCAAUCGGAAACAGUGUUGAAGGUAUGCGAACCCACCACGCAAUACGUGGAAGAGAUUCGUGAACGCGCCGAACUACUUUAUGGCAAGAGACAAGUUACUCAAAGUACUACAAGCUACUCACAGUACCCUGUCCUCGACGACUUGGAGCUGUUGAAUGAACGUCUUGUGGUAUCUAGUAGUUUGGAGAGGUGCGGACAUUAUCUUCCAAAGGCAUCUACUAACACUAGGCUACCGAUCACAGCUACAGUAAAUUAAAUAUCAUUUGAUCGAGAUAAACUAUGCGUCGGAGAGAGAAAAAGAUCAGUCAGGAAUAGUCUGUGAUAAUGGGGCUUUUCGAAUGUAGUUCUAAAGCACACAGGAAAUAAAUAUUUGACUACAAAA